GCUUACUGUACCACCUUUGGGCACGCAAAGAGGCUGACUGAGAAAAAGACGCUGCCUGGCGACGCGUCCUAACGGCAGCUCAUCGACCUCACCCUCCGUUACUUCCUGCUACUUCACGCAACAAAUUGAAAUUCAGCCUUGCGCAGGCCACCUAGUACGACAGGCUUUCGUCAGCAUCUAACUUCCUGCAGAGUCGGACAGUAGUCGCGUGAAGCGCCAAGUUUCUGGGUACUUCUGGUCUGAAAGGAUUUUUUCGAGCAGGAAAGGCUUUCUGGCGCACUUCAGACACGCAUCGUGCCUGCCCCAAUACUUGUCACUGCUGCCGUUCCCAAACAGCACUUUACGAAAGUGGCGCCACCAGGCGCAUCAUUUCUUUUGCAAGAUGAGUGGGGGUACCGGAAGCUCUCCAAUAUGCGCAGGACCUGUGACAGUACGGACCAAGUGAUUAUUGCUAACUUGCCUGUUACUCGUGUACAACAGGCAUCAUUGAUGUACAUACAUGUGACUAAAAUGUAUCGCAAAUGAGAUGAUGUCAGAGGGCGACAAGCCGAGAACCCAACCAAUUGUGUAAGUGCAACGUACGAAAUGCGCGUUCAAGUAUGACGCGGCGCGAAGCGGCAGCAUUAUCAUAUGUAACGAAUGUGCGACAUGAAAAUAAGGCAGUGUGGGAAGAUGAAGCCGUAUGUGAGUGAAAGACGAAGAACAAGACCAGCCACUGGUGAGACCAGCCAAGCAGGAAGAGUGGAAUUCCAGCCCCCGAAGGAGGCGCAAAUAUGAAGUAAAGCUCCGGCCAAGCGGAGGGAAUGAGAUGUUAUUGCAUCUCACUAUGCACUGUACCCGCAUCGUGCAUCGUGGACGGAGUGCUGGGGGUAAAGCCUCGGGCCUUGACCUGCGACAGCGUUUGAGACUGACAGGGCACUUGGCUCCUUGGAGGACACCGUGCCCAACGAAAGGGCAUUGCAUACCCGUGGCCCCGACAGCGACGUGUGGACAACUUCGCGCCCUUUUCCCGAUCUGCACCUCGUGUCACGCGAAAGAGAGGACGACCGCUGCGACAUCGUUUCAUUGGCUUCGCUUGGCGUUCUCCUGCCCUCCAAUCUCUCCGUGUCUCGCGAUGCCGUAGACUCGUCGGACCCGUCAGGCGCGGAUUUGAGACUCACAGAGCUGCGAGAACGCUUUCGUGGGUUUGGGAGACGCGAAGCCUGCGAGAAAAUGGGGCCACUGAUGGUGUUGCUCCACCGUUUCUUCGCGAGUGUGGGCGGCACAGGUGGAUCCCGAGGCUGGAGCCUUGGAUGUGUGGGAGAGUGACCGCGAGCCUCUGGUCGUGAGAGCGGUAGCGAGGGUGGGAGCGUGGGUAGGAACACAGCAGGAAAGGACGGCAGGAAGGGAGAGGUGAUGAUACUGAGCGAGGUAGAAGGGACGUCUGACUCCGCGCUUAAACCCGAGGGCGGGAAGGGGUACUCGAAGCGGGGUGAGACGUCGAAUGGCGUACCAACAAUCGACGAUGGUGAGUGCAAAGACAAGUCUGACAGGUCCAGACGAGGCUUGAGCGAGAUUGACUUGGAUGACGAUCUUAGCAAGCGAUUCAACCUGUAGGAUGGUGAGUCCGACCCGCUCCAAAGGGAAUCAAAUGUGAUGCGCACCUCGGUUACUGCGCCCAAGCCGUCGCCAACGAUCACCGGGACAAGAACGCUAUCGUCGAGGUCUGGAUCGGGAGUAGGACUACCUAGAGCAUCUCCCGCGAUUGAGACGACCGCGGGGUGUUGGAAGAGCUCAUCAUCACUGUCCAGCGAAAUGAAGGUCGGUGGAACAGUCGGCAUCAAAAGACCGGUGGUGGACGUGGUUAGAGAUACGCUUCGCGUCGACCUGGACAGCGCGGAAGUGGUGGUUGUCGACGAUGUCGAGAGACUGGACGACAAGGAGUAGCAGCGGGGCGCGAGAGCUAGCUGAAAUACUCUGGCUCAGGCUUGACGUCGAAAUACCCUCCAAAGUGGAGCUCGAUAUACAUAUCACGUCCAGAACGUUCCUGCGAAAGAGUAUGCGGGGU